AUGAGCCAGCCGGUGUUCAGGAGCUCACCAAAGGUCCAGCCGAACCAGGAUAAUGAGAAAUGCCAAAGGACAAGCCUAUUUGGGUCCCAGCCUCUGGAGCCGGCGAGUCCUUUUGGCGAGGACUAUCGCAUCUAUCAGCAGAACGUUGACUUGGAUGCCUUCUUCGGCGAGGAGCCCAAGUACGAGAAGGUAUCGGAUGUCUGCCUGCUGAACGAUCACUUUAUUCUAGUCAAGAUGCCGCCGCCGGAUGAACUGCCGCCGCCAUCAAAGUCAAGGAUUCCGCGGUGUUUCAGGUGUAAUCGUGGCAGCAAGGUCUCACCCAUACGGGAGGAAUCGGAGGAUGAGAAGUCUUCGUCGAAGCAAUCGGGCUGCCUACAGCCCUGGUCAUCCAGCUACCAGGACGAAGCCAAACCCUUUAAUUCUACCACUCGGUUGACAGAUACUCCCAGUAAAAAGGAUGCUACACCCGCUGCUGUGAUAGUAGAGCAACCACAUCCGACCCUGCAGCUGGAGGCGAUCCAAUCUCUGGCUCCUGGAAAACUGCAACUGCGUCCUACCAGCCUAGGACCCUUACACUGGUUCCUUUGGCCCUUCCGACGGCGACAGGACUCUAGGGGCAACUCCAAAUCCAAGCUGGCUGCCGUUCACAAGACAUAUUUGUGCGCUGGAGCAAGCCACCGGACACACUCUGGAACGGAUUCGGAGUUCAAAGGGCAACUGAGGAGAAGAAGUCGGGUCUGA